GUCAGUAUGCUGUCAGCAUUGAUCGCUCCCUUCAAGUACAUAAGCCCUGGGACCAGCAGCACCGAGGACGAGGACAGUUUAAGUACCAGCAGUGCGGAGGUGAAGGAAAACCGUAACUUUGGCAACUUAGAGGAUCGCACCAUAGGAUCUGCAGAGUGCCAGUCACUUUUCCGCUCCGACCCUACAAGGGGUGGUAGUUCUGGGCUGAAGAGGAAACGGCCACUGGAGGAGGACAACAACGGACACUUGUGUCACCUCCGCCUGAUCUAUAAGAAACUUUCCUGGUCUGAGGCUCCAAAGAAUGCGUUGGUGCAGCUGAAUGAGCUGCGGCCGGGCCUGCAGUACCGCAUGGUGUCUCAGACGGGCCCGGUCCACGCUCCGGUCUUCUCCAUUGCUGUGGAGGUGAACGGGCUGACGUUCGAGGGCACGGGGCCCACAAAAAAGAAAGCUAAGAUGAGGGCUGCCGAGUUGGCCCUCAAGUCCUUCAUCCAGUUCCCCAACGCUCCUCAGGCCCAUCUUGCCAUGGGAAACAUCUCAAACCCUUCAGCUGACUUCACCUCAGACCAGGCGGACUUCCCUGAGACGCUCUUUAAGGAAUUUGAGUCAUCGCAGUGCUCUGACGGUCUCUCGCUCUGCAACUCGGAAGCUGAAAGCGAGCUACUGUCGAGCGAGUUACUGCGACAUGGACGGUUGCUCCGCCACACCUUGGACCUGAUGGUGCAGGCGCAGCAGAGACUUGGCGGGAUUGUUCCAGAGCCCGAGGCCCCCAAGAGCCCCGUAGCACUGCUGAAUGAGCUGCGGCCAGGCCUGCGCUAUGCCUGCCUUUCGGAGCGAGCUGAAGGCCGACGGCUGCAUAGGUUUGUGAUGGCGGUGCGCGUGGACGGGCGGAUAUUUGAGGGCUGUGGCCGCAGCAAGAAGCUGGCCAAGACCCAGGCGGCCCAGUGUGCUCUUCAGGCCCUCUUCAACAUCAGGACGGCCCCUGAGGGGAGGACCGGCCUUAAAGCCAGCAGGAAGAGUUGUCCUCAUUUACCUCAGGACUUUGCCGAUUCAAUAUUCCACUUGGUGAGGGAGAAGUACCGGUCACUGGUUGGCGGCUGCAGUCCUGCACACGCUCGACACAAAUCCCUGGCAGGCAUCGUAAUGACCCAAGGGCUGGACCUGAGGCAUGCGCAGGUGGUUGCCUUAUCCACAGGCACCAAGUGCAUCAACGGAGAGUAUCUGAGUGACCAGGGGCAGGUGGUCAACGACUGUCACGCUGAAGUCACGGCCCGCAGAGCCCUGCUACGCUUCCUUUACUCGCAGCUUGAACUCUUCUUAAGUAAAAGGCCAGAGGACUGGGAGGAGUCGAUAUUCGUGAGGCACAAGGAGUGUGGCUACAGGUUGAAAGACAACAUCCAUUUCCACAUGUACAUCAGCACCUCACCGUGUGGCGACGGGAGACUCAACUCGCCCUACGAAAUCAGCGCGGACUUACACAGCAGCAGACACCUCAUGAGGAAGCACCGCAACCACCUGCGGACCAAAAUCGAGUCCGGCGAGGGAACGGUGCCGGUGCGAUGUCGGGGGGCGGUCCAGACGUGGGACGGCGUCUUACAGGGCGAGCAGCUCAUCACUAUGUCCUGCACGGACAAGCUCACCAGAUGGAACGUCCUGGGCCUGCAGGGGGCGUUGCUGAGUCACUUCUUGGAGCCGGUGUACCUGCACAGCGUGACCGUCGGCAGCCUGCGCCACACAGGCCACCUGGGCCGUGUUUUGAACCAGAGGCAGGAGCGCCUCGGCCCGCUGCCCACCACAUACAGACGUAACCAGCCCCUGCUCAGCGGGCUGAGCAGUGCCGAGUAUCAGCAGCCGGGUAAGGCCUCGUGUGUGAGCGUCAACUGGACGCUGGGUGACGCACAGCUGGAGGUGGUCAGCACUGCCACGGGACGGAGACGGGACUCGGGGACUCCCUCGCGUCUCUGCAAACAUGCACUCUUCACCCGCUGGAGUAGACUCUACCGCAAGUUGGGGAUUCACGUAUCCGGCUCAGCGGACCACCAGCUCCUGUACUGCGAAGCCAAGAUGGUGGCGCGUCCCUACCAGACAGUGAAGCAGCAGUGGUUCAAGUCCCUGCAGGAAACGGGACUCGGCACCUGGGUGAAGAAACCACCUGAGCAGGAGCAGUUCCUGCUGUCGGUCUGAGGAAGAGUGUGUGUGUGUAUGUGUGUGUGUGUGUGAGAGAGAUAGAGAUAGAGAGAGUGAGAGGAAGCGUUUGUUAAACCUUUAUUUUUUUAGAGUAAGAUGAAUCUGUGCAUUUCACCAACAUCCUGUUUCCAUACGCCCAUGUCACCUAUCCUGACAUCAUAACAAAAAAAACAUGGAGAGGAAGAAGAGGACCAAAAAAUAUGGACCUAUUUAAACCAUAGAUAUGAUGGAUGUAGCAGUCAGCCACCAGGGGGCAACUGUGCUGAUUGUAAAAAGAAGGUUUGAAUGGAAGUCCAUGGUAAAAUUAGCCAACUUCUCACUUGAUCUAUAACACCAGUAAACAUUUUCCCAAGGAGUUAAUGUUCUCAAUGACACAUUUCAGGUCUUCUUCGGAAGAGCCUGAUGUCAAUUUGUAUAAAUAUGUUCCCAUUUAGAGGAAAAUAGACAAUUACAUGUGUCUGUGUCGUCCAAUAGACCCUUUCAUUGUAUACAAACGUUCCAAGCCUCGCAAGGAUGCAUCAGAAAGAGCUGAUAAAUGAUAACUUACAUGAAUGCACAUUUGAGAUCCUGUAGGGAUUCUGAAGAACUUGCUGGUUCUAUUUUCACAGCCAACUGUGCUACAAGUAGGCAUCUUAUUUGUUGGACUUUUGUACAAGUUAAUGGUACAAGUGUGUUUUCUGACCCCAAACUAUGCACGCACAUUUCUGUGUCGUAGCCCUCAAAGGGUCUAUAGAUGCCUGGUUUCAGGUGACGUCAGUCGAAUACUUAGAUCCUUUAUAAAAAUGGACGUAGUCCUCCAGGAAAUAAUCAUAUACUGAGAACUCAGUUUGAAUGCAAGUCUAAUAGAUCGGACUACACAAUAUGUUUGUCAUUCACAGGGACUGGCAACACGACAAGUAUGGCCCCGACCAAUCAUCAUUCAAGACAGGUCAUAGGUUAUCUGGGAGGCGGGGCCAGGAGUUGUCAAUCAUGGUUGCCAGAGCUUGAUUGUGAACCUGUUCCUGUGUGUCACAGAGGACAGUAUGGACUGUCUGUCUCAGCAGCAGCAGCAGCGUGCCUCUUCCUCUUCACUAUGUUUACGUCUGAAUGUUACACCGCGUCAGAGCACUCCAUUAUCCUAUCAGAGUGUCUCAGAUGCCAAAAUAGUCCGACACUGGAAAUGUGUUCGUCAAAACCAAAUCAAUUGAAAAACGGCUAGAAUUUGUGUAGUCUGAUUCCGGGAUGAGGGAAAAUGAGACGACUUUCCACUUGAUUUAUAACAUCAGUAAAAAUGUUCUUGAUAUGUCUCAAUCACUAGUUUUUGAGGGGAAAUAGACAAUAGGGUUAGGUAUGGCACAUUAUUAGUAGAUACCAGUGUGAUUGACAGCUGGUAUAAUCCAGUGCAGUGGUUGCAGGUGAUUCCUCUGAACUUCCACUUAUACGAAACAUCAACAUCUCAAGGAUUCAAAAACGGGACUGCGUCCAUUUUUACAUACAAUCUAUGGUUUGAAACUCACAUUUAACAAACACGACAACCACUAAACAACCCUUUCUUCGGCUGUCGGGGAAGGGUGGCGUAACCUUGAGCUGAGUGAAAGACAGCUGCUAUCUUGUCAUCAGCUAUUUCCGGGCCCCAAGGCUCCUGCUGAGGAGCAGAGCCGCGGGGGAAAGAGAGCAAAAAAGAGGAAAAGGAAAAAGAGAGAGAAAGUGAGGUCCACGUCCAAUUACCAGCCCUGUCAGGGUGACGGCUGAUAGAGGAAGAGAGAGUGAGAAAAAAGAAAGAAGCGAGUUUUGCUGCAGACCUGCCCUCCUCACCUUCCUCUCUUUCAUUUCUUUCCUUGUCCCUCUUCCCUGACUCACCCUUUGGCUCCUGACUUCUCCCCUCCUUUUGUCUCCAUUUCUUCCUCCUUCCUGCAUCUAUUCCCCUCGCCUCCUCUUUGUCAAGCAUGGCGGUUUUUAACAUGACACUAGGGCAGGUUAAUAUACGCUCUUUUCUCUCCCUCAUAUGCUCACCACACUGGGUAGAGAGGAGGAAAAGAAUUGUGGCAAGGUUCAUAAAUGGUGGAGGAAGGUAUUAUUCAGUUUUUUUCCCCAUUCAUUCCCAUUUCCUCCGUGUCCUUUCACCUCGACUUUUCAGUCCGUUGCGUGGCCACUUCCGGAAAAUCUGAAUCACCAGUGCGAGCGACUUUCAGCCGUGACUCAUUAGCAAGGUCUCGUUGACCUCAUCGACUUAUGUCAUGACCGCCAUGACCAGAUAAUAGUCAGGAUGGUGGUCGGUUUCGUUUCACUCCCUCUCAGUGCUGUGUUUCACUUGACACAUAGAUUUAUGUCUUUGCACAAUGUGUGAUUUUAUAUUGUUUUGUUUUUUUCUGCAGCUAAAUGUUUAUGUUCAUUACGAUCAUGACUGUGUUCUGACACUGAUGAUUUCUCUGGAGGGAAGAGAAACGGAGUGGAAAUUUGCCAACGUCAAGGCUCCGUCAGUGGUCACAUCUGAGUUGUGAGAGUGACAUCUAGUGGUGCUCUCUUGUCUUGGUUUUACAGUCCUGAUACUGUACAGUAAGAAUACAGUCUGUCAGACUGAGGUGUGAGUCUGAGAAAUAUGCUCCUCAGAGGAGAGGGUUUUACACAGACAAGAUCCUAGAACCUGAUCCGUGUGUGACCCCCUUUUUCACACUAUGGGUACUCAGUUCUCUCACAUCUCUCAAUUUAUUUCUUAAUGCAUUGCUUAUUUUAAGUAUUGUUCUAUAGGAAUAAAUAUUUUACUAUAUUCAUAUUUAUAAUAUUGAUAGAAAGUCAAAAACUAGUUUGUUUAUUCAGGGCUAGUUGAGUUUAAUAACAAUCUGGCUGAUUUAAAAAAAAAAAAGUACAAUCACCUGAUGUGUGAAUUAUUGUCUUUUACAUUUAAAUGCUAUUUCGAAACACCAUGUUUUUACAAUAGCCAACACACUUGGAAUGACGACAUACAACUUAUAUACUUAACUAACGCUAAUAAAUGUUGCUAAAUGCACACUGUACCUUCUAAAGGACACUUCACAAAUGCUCAGAUAAGAAUGACAAAAUUUUAAUAAAUAAAUAAGUUAGAAUAAUGGUCAUAAAACGUUAUUAUGGCAUUAGUGUAAAAACAUAAAUCCCACAAAAGAUGUACAAUUUAAUCAGCAAAUUAAAAUCUGAUCCAUAUUGGCAAAGAUCAGGUUUCCUGUAAAUCUUGUCUGUGUAUUACAACCGAGAGAUUCAUAUUUUGUCUUACAUAACAUCAUACAUAACGUUGUUUGUGCGCCAUGUCUCGUAAUGGCUUGAAUUUAGCCACGACAACAGAUUUACACGUGUAUUUUGAGAGAUAUAGAAUAUUAGGCAGGUCUGAAUGACAACAUAGUAUCUGUGAGUGUACAUAUGUAAAAUAAAUGUAUAAAGGAUGUUGACAAAGAUGUGAAAGAGGUCCUAAAAUGUCUAAUUAUCAUGUAAAUUAAAGUAUAUGAGGAAUUGCUGCUACGGUCUGUAAAUUGCACUUCAGUAACAAUUAAAAAGUGAAUGUUUGUACUGUAUAUGUGAAUAAAAUCAAGAAAUCUUGUAAUUUUA